CCUUACCCACCCGCACAAUGGACACCGCGGGCACCCGUGCCCUAAACCCAGCGACUCUUUCUCCCGAGCGACGACUACGGCGUUUCCUCGGCGAUCGGCUGUCUUCCUCCCCAUCGGCGAACAGCGGAAGCAACGGCGGUGUCUUCCUCCGCUGAGUUCCUGUCGCUGCGGCGUUUUCCUCGGUGAACGGCGGCAGCCGCGUCUUCCUCUCCAUCGGCGAAACAGCGUCUCCGCCCCCCCGGUUAUUGUAUGCGAUCUUGGCAAUUGGUGUUUUUAAUCUUGAGAGCAGGUUAUUUUCUAUAUUCUCUGAUUCCAGAGUGGGAUUACCAAGCAGUAGGGAGUUAUUUGAUGCUAAAUUGGAGAAGAAAACUUACAGGAUUAUUACUCGAGUUUAUGAAUGAUUCCCAAAAAACAUUGCUACCAGUUGUCCAAAAGCCUGAUGGGAAGAAAAAUUGGAUGGUUUGUGAUCAGAUUCCUAUGAACAAUUUCUGCUGCUAAUUAGAUCUCUAGGUCUUUGUUUAUCUUUUAUAUCUUCUCUGACUACUCUAUGUUAUAUUUGAUAUUACUGAUUCUGAGGUGCCAAAUUUAGUUUAUUAUUUAAUUUUUAAAGAAGAAUAGAGUGAUUUGCUUAAUAAAGCUCCAACAAGUCAAAUAUGUAGUACCUGGUAUUGAAGACUUUGACCACAUUGAUAUCUCUGAAUUUGUUCAAAAAGCCAAGGGUCUCUUAGUAAGUUUCAGAAAAUUAGAACUUGGAAACAGUGACAGUGACAGCUGAGGAAUUAGCUGUGGUACCUAUAUUGCAGAAUCAACUUUCCAUGCUUGAACACUGCUCAUCUUUCAUUCCUCAGAUUAUAUAUGGCAGCAAGGAAUCUCUUGAAAGCUACUGUUCCCUUCUCUUGUUGUCUAGAGAUGACAUAUUUUAAUGUGGUUGAUGGCAAGGGAUAUUCUUCUCUAUAUGAACCACGACCAAGCAUUAAGGGUCAAUACGAGGAUUCUUUUGGUCAAUUUUCGUGGCUGCCCAACCACUUACUUGAUGGUGGCGACAGGCUACUUUUCAUGGACGAGGUGGAGGUGGGUUUUCUCUCGUUGCAUCGGUCUUCGAUGACGAUGGCAUGCUUUUGCUUGCUUCCAUCCUAUUGUCAUCGUUCCGUCGUAAGUUCUUGAUCCUUGGUCCAAAGAUGGUUCGGUACAGGGAUUCUUUGGGAAAGAUUCUUUUGGUCUAUUUCAUGACCGCCCCUUCCUCGACGAUGGUGGAAACCUAGCCGUAGACACCAUCAUCAGCUUAGAUUCCUUGGUAGAGGCUAAAAACGAAGGUGGCGAUCAACAAGGAGGGUUUUCUGUAGUUGCAUCGAUGGUGAUCUCAUGCUUUUGCUUGUUUCCUAUCCUAUGGUGGCCAUUCUUUCGCAAAUUCUUGAUCCUUGGUGCAGAGAAGUGUCGGUUCAAAGAUUCUUAUGAAUAGAUUCUGUUGGUCAUAGAUUGUCAUAGCAAGCUAUGCUGCUGCCUAGCUUGCAAUGAAGAUGGCAAUUGACGAGGAGGUUUUUUUCUCUCAUUAGGCCGGUGAUGCUUUGUCUUUCUUCCAGCCCUAUCAUUGCUGUUUGAUCACAGAUUCUUGAUCUAAUGGUCCAGAGGAGAAGAGUUAGUAGGUUGGUUCUUUGGGACAUGGAGUGUUCCUUUCCCACAUGAUUGAUUUCUGCCCAUUGGCGAGGAAACCUUCCGUCAAUGGCAUAAUUGCGUUGAUAAAGGAACCUGAGGUGUAGUAGAUUAUUUGGUCAUAGUGUGUUGCUAUGAUCGUGCUGUUUGUGCUUCUUAUGGAUGAAGAAGAGAUAAUUGGAUUGGUUGCCGAUAAGUGGCUGAGAAAGUUUAUUCAUUAGUGUUUGAUAAAUCCAGCUAAUCUGUUUGUAAUAUUAUGAUCAGCUUAGUGAGUGUGGGAAGUUCUAUAUGGCAAGCCAAGGCAGGAACCGACCACAACCAGUAAUUGAAUAUGAUAUUUAUUCAGGAUUUCACUAUUGGGUGGGUAAAAUCUUUGGUUGGACAUACCUUGAAACUUUAGGACAAAUACAUUUUUGGAUCACUUCUUUCAGGGCAAAAAUUUUGAAGGGCAUGUUUGGAAAUAGCGAAUUCAGGAGGCAACGUGCAACUCGACAAGAGAGGCAGUCAAAUCGCCCACCAAAAUACUGAAGUGGAAUCUUGGAAAGGAUGGAAAGGAUUAUGUUGUUGGCGAGUUGAUCAAAGUAAUCAAUGCUUUCAUCCAGCUUCUCUAAGUAUGGAGUUCAACCUUGUGUCUCCAAUUCCUAUAGUGUGGCCUGUGACCACCAUUCCAUGCGAGAAUCUGUUGGGCAACCGAAGUCCACACUUGCAGAACCCGUAGAAUCUGAAGGUAAAUGUGUGGAGAAUUUCCAGCAAAAUCAAGGAAACAUAUAUCAGGUAAAGGUUAUUUAUGUUAGAGAUUUCACAUUUACUAAAUGCAUUAAUGCUAUUAGUAAAAUCUUAUUGCUUCAGGAUGCAGACAUGUGCUUUAGCUUGGAUUUUCCUAAUGGUCACAUGAAGACGAUUGGUAUUCCUGGUUGUGUUAUAAAUUGAAUUAACUUUUAAAUAUCAAGAUUAAUUUAUUUUGAAUACCCUGCUCUUUAAGUGUAAAUUUUCUUGUAAUUAGGACCUGUUGAUAGCUUUAGACCGAAAGCUAAUUCACAACAUGAUGACAAAGAACUUGGGAGUCAAGGAAUCAUUCUGUGCCUCGACACUCUGCUCUGGGCUGCAACCAACCAGAGGCUACUCACUCUGAAAUAAAUGCAGCUCAACAAUCAUUUCAGGCUGAACAAUCAAUCCUUUUAAAGACAUCUGGAGAUGGAGAAUGUGUGCAAAGUGGUGAUAUUGAUGUGCGACCCAAUACUGCAGAGUCAAAGGAACAGGCAAGUUGCCUUUCAAUGUUGGAGAUGCAUCAACAAAGCUUUCCAGCAUGGACACUCUUUACGACUUAUCUCAUUCUAGUGGAGCCACUGGUAAGUAGGAGGUUGACAGUUAUUUUGACUAUUUCAUUAGGGAUAUAGCAAGUUGAGGUAGGCAACACAUGAAAAUUUCUGGUUUUGAUCGUAUCUUAUGAUUGAUCUUUUUUUUUUCUUUAAGAGGAUAUGAGUUGGAUCAUGAUUUUAAACUAUAAUUAUCAUACUUUUCCAGAGUAGAUAUUUGCAUCGAGUAUGAUGUGCUGUUGAAUCAUUUAGCUCUCGUAUAUAAAUUGUGAUGGAUAAUAAUGACUGAUGCCAUUAUAAUGUAUACUUUUUAGUUUCUCCUAAAAAUUUCUUCAUUAAGCCUCUUAUUGUUCUUGUAAUUGAGUACAACAUGAAGAUUCAAGAGCAACAUCAAGGUUAUAUAUCUAAGUUCACAUUUAGCGUGUAUAAUUAGAUUAAUAGGACAGAACUUGCAGAUAACCACGGGGUAAACUGAGAACACUAUUACAAGCAUACCGAUAUCCAACUUAACUAGAACCUUCGGUGUUACAUGGUGUCCAAAUCAGGAAGGAUAUCCAAUACAUUUGAUCUGCAAACUCUAGUUGUUAUUUAUGUUAGAGAUUUAUUGUGUGCUAGGUCUAGAUUAUGGUCGUAAAACUGUAGUUAAACCUUGUGUUUGUCAUUGGAGAAUGGGCCUCAUGCUACUUGCAUGAUUGUCAUAGAAGAAGAAACAGGUAUUUCUGUUUCUAUUGAAAUGCAUUCCUCAACAUCUAGAACCUAUACAUUAAAACAUUGAGUUGUUCAUGAAUUGUUUGAUCACUUGGGAGGUUCAUGUCAUGAAGAUCAGUUCUGAAGAUCAAUUCUAUAAUGCUGAAACGAGGUGGUUCUAAUGUUCGAUCAAGAAAAAACUUAACUAGGUAUGUUUUCUAUUUUGUUGAAGUUGAGUUCCCAUUAUUAAGUUAGCGUAUGUUCAGGUUGCAUUUAUGUUCCUCAGUAUGAACUCCAUUAUGAUAAUUUUGGUGUGCUAUCUCUACAAUCUACACAUUGCUAAUUUCCUGAAUCCUUUUCAUGUACUCUUUCCAUUGACUACAUUUUCAUUAGAGUGGUGGCUGUAAACAGAAGGUUUUGACACAAUGUACCAUAAACAUGUCAUGUUAUUACCAUAUACUACUACUCUAGGUAUGGAGGCAAUUGUUGAGGAUACAAAUCUUGCAACUCCUAGUUCUGGAUCAUAUAUUUUGUCAUCCGAAUUGAAUGCUACCCAACAACCUCUUCUUAUAGCAAAAAAAUUCGCAGCCUUAAAAUCCACUGAUGAUGGACUUCAAGUCUCAUUAUCGGAUGGUGAUUUGCAAGCUUUUCCAGAUAAUCAACGAGAAGUGGAGAUGGCAAUGCAUUAUGGCCUUGAAUCACUUGAUGAAUUUUCUUUUCAGCACAAUAGCACCACGGAAUAGAGAAGAAAUUGGACUUCCAAAGGGUUUGGAGGAUAUUCAUACCGAGUCCCAAUCCCAAAAUGUUCAAAAACUUAAGCAGCAGAUCGAUGAAGGAAGGCCUACUUCAGAAAAUGAUAAAGAUGAUGAUGCUCAUAAACCAUGUAGGGAACUGAGAAAGAGGAUAGCCAAGUGCGGUACUGACCAAAUUGAAGUUGGAAGGAAUGAUGAACGUGGUAUUGACAACUUUAAUGUCUCUCAGAUGGAUGGCAACCGAAGUGAUGAAGAUAUGCCUAAGCCAAAGAGGACCAAGAGAAAGUCAAAGAGGCAGACAAAUGACAUUGAAAAACCCACUCGGAAGCAUAAGAAAGCCUUUGUAAAACCUGAUUCUGUUGUAGAGAAUUCACCUAAAAAGAAGUUUCCUCAUGCCACAAGGCGAAGGAGAAGGCAAGUGAACAAAGUUUUACUGCAAUCACCUGAAGAUGAGAUUGACCUAAGACAGAUUAGCAUAAGAGACCUAAUAAUGCUUGCAGAGGCUAAGGAGCGGAUAGCAAGAAAAGAAACGGCGGCAAUGAGUAAAUUAUUCUCUGGUCAGAGAUGGAAUGGUCAAAACCAAAAUGGCAGGAUGUGCCUCCAAACCAUUGCUUCAGCUAUGCAGGUGUAUCACUGAUGGAAAACUGGUUCUUUGCUGGAGGUGGUAAUAAUAAGAUUGAUAUGUGUGAAGCAUUUGUUUCAUUAGUUAUAUCUUCUAUUUUCCUUUGGCUUUUAUUAAAUGAACAAUAAUAAAAGCAUUGUUCUUACUUAGUUGAACUAUAUUUAUGGAUUAGUCACUUGCCCGAUGGCAUUUCUAGCAUCUAGUGGCGAGGUAACAUCUUUUGGGUUCUA